GCGCUCGGAUUGGCCCUGGGUGCGCAGUGCCCGCCCACCCGCGGCCCGCCAUGGCGACUCAGCUCCGGCUCCGCUCCGCGCUGUCCCUGGUCACAGGUGCCGGCAGCGGCAUCGGCCGUGCGGUCUGUGCGCGCCUGGCCGGGGAGGGGGCCACCGUGGCCGCCUGUGACCUGGACGGGGCAGCGGCGCGCGAGACGGUGCAGCUGCUGGGCGGGCCGGGGAGCGAGGAGGGGGCGCCCCGCGGGAACCACGCAGCCUUCCAGGCCGACGUGUCGGAGGCCAGGGCCGCCAGGAGCCUGCUGCAGCAAGUGCAGGCCUGCUUCUCUCGCCCGCCAUCUGUCGUCGUGUCCUGUGCGGGCAUCACCCGAGAUGAGUUCCUGUUGCAAAUGUCCGAGGAUGACUGGGACAGAGUCAUAGCUGUCAACCUCAAGGGUAUCUUCCUGGUCACCCAGGCUGCAGCCCAGGCCCUGGUGUCCAGUGGUAGUCAUGGCUCCAUCAUCAACAUCAGUAGCAUCGUUGGGAAGGUGGGGAACAUGGGCCAGGCGAACUAUGCGGCGUCCAAAGCUGGAGUGAUCGGGCUGACGCAGACUGCAGCCCGGGAGCUCGGACGACACGGGAUCCGCUGCAACUCUGUCCUCCCAGGGUUCAUUGCAACACCUAUGACUCAGAAAAUGCCACAGAAAGUAAAGGACAAGGUGACUGGAAUGAUCCCGAUGGGACACAUGGGGAACCCUGAGGAUGUGGCAGAUGUGGUUGCAUUCUUAGCCUCUGAAGACAGCGGAUACAUCACCGGGGCCUCGGUGGAAGUCACUGGAGGUCUUUUCAUGUAACAGCCUCGAGGACCCUGGACUCUGCUCACCACCCCCCCACCACUCUGCCUGGCCUCCUGCUGAUGAGGACUCUAAGUUCCCAGGCUACAAAAGGGGUGGCGGUGUAUGGCUCAGGAAUGCUGAAUAUGGGAGGCAGGGGUGCUUGUGACCCUAAUAAAUUCCAAAUCCUCUUCCCUGCCA